AUGUUUGCCUCAAGAUCGAUAACGAGAAUCGCCCUGCGACGAGGAUGCCCUCUGAGGCAAUUCUCAACCUCGAGACCUCUCGCCGUGUCCUACCAUUCAUACACUCUACCAACACAUACCUCGACGCCUCCGAGAAACGACGAUGUUCCUGAAACUUCAAUAACACAACCUGAUCCUCUUCCUAAAGUCCACGAGACACGACCUCCUCCGCAACAACCUCAGCAUCCUCAACCACCUAAGAAACAAGAACCCGCACCAACACAAAUUGCUACUCCCGCCACAUCGGCAUCAGCUCCGAAGCUCAGCGAAACAGAAACUCAGAAGCCAAAGGCAGCUAGACCACGAUCUAAGCUACGACCGCGCAAGGCCGCUAUGAAGUUGACGCCUUCUGCGGUGGAGCAAUUGCGAGAAUUGCUGGAUCAGCCGGAACCGAAGCUCAUCAAGGUCGGAGUACGGAACCGAGGAUGCAGUGGCUUGGCGUAUCAUCUUGAAUACGUUGAUAAGCCUGGUGCUUUUGACGAGACCGUUGAGCAGGAUGGAGUCAAGGUCUUGAUCGAUAGCAAGGCGCUGUUUAGCAUCAUUGGAAGUGAGAUGGAUUAUGUUGAGGACAAGCUUAACCAGCGAUUUGUGUUCAAGAACCCGAACAUCAAGGAGGAAUGCGGCUGCGGAGAGUCCUUCAUGGUCUAG